AUGAACAAGCACGCCAAACUCCUUUUCCUUGGACUUGACAAUGCAGGAAAGACCACGCUUCUACAUAUGCUCAAGAACGACAGAGUCGCUGUCCUCCAGCCGACUCUCCACCCCACCUCCGAGGAGCUCUCGAUAGGAAACGUCAAGUUCACAACCUUCGACCUUGGAGGCCACGCACAAGCUCGACGACUCUGGCGCGAUUACUUCCCUGAAGUUUCCGGUAUUGUCUUCCUCGUUGACGCUAAGGACCACGAGCGUCUCUCCGAAUCCAAAGCAGAGCUCGACGCUCUUCUGGCUAUGGAAGAGUUGAAGAACACCCCCUUCGUCAUUCUCGGAAACAAGAUUGACCACCCCGACGCCAUCUCUGAGGACCAGCUCCGUUCCGCGCUCGGACUAUACCAGACAACAGGUAAGGGCAAGGUACCACUCGAGGGUAUUCGACCGGUUGAGGUCUUCAUGUGCAGUGUGGUCAUGAGGCAAGGUUACGGAGAGGGUAUCAGGUGGUUGAGCCAGUAUGUCUAG